AGAACGCGUCGUCUCCCCAUAUAGUUGCCCACCUCUACGCCAGAGCUCCGCCGUUUCACCCUAUAAGUAGAUUAUUAUGAUUCUCCUCUCCUUUGUCUCUUCACGAUAACAUAAUAGCAUUUGUGUUGUGUCGGUUUUGCAAUCGCCGUUACGGCGUGAGUGAAAGACGAACUGUUUUGUUGAUUAUAUAUAUACGUGCAACGUCGUCGUGACGUUUCUUGACGUGCAACAGCAACCAUCAAGAUGAGGACAACGAACUCGGCAAGGAUGUAUUGACGCUUUACAGCUUUCUCAUAGUUGCCUACUGCCUGCAACUUUAACUUUCUUUUUGCAAAAAUACGAUGGCUGAUUGUUAAAGAAAGAGAGAGAGAGAGAGAGAGAGAGAACAAUUACUUGCGCGAUAGUGUUAUUUCAAGUUUUCGGGCAAUACAAGGGAAUUCUGUUUAUUGAAGAGGUAUUUUGUGAUUUUUUAUCAAGCACAAAGAACUAUUGGUGAACACAAUGCCGCGCGUUAAAGGAUCUCCUAAAAAAUUUGUCAAGUCAAGUUCGGACUCAAACACGUGGAUUUUCCUUAUGAAAGAUGAAAAUUUGGACAAUCCCGAAGGUCCUCACCCUGACAUGGUGAAACUCCGACAUCCAGCUUCCAAUCAAGCUGCUAUGUUCAUAUUCACAUCUGGAGAUCAAACAAUACAAGAGGUCAUGACAUUUAAUGAAAAUAAGAGGUCCUGGUUUAUCGAUGACAAUGUGAGGUCAGAUGGAAAAAUGCACCUUUCAACAUCAAUCGAUCCAGCUUUUUUGGUUCUCCCUUAUUUAAUAAAGUCCAAACAAGUUAUGCCUUUGGAACAAAUUUUGCACGAUGAAGACUUUCCUGAUACUUGUCGUCUUGUAAAAUGCAAGAAUUUAAAAUUAUCAUUGGUUGCUGACCAAAAAGGAGAUGAAUCUCUACAAGCAUUCAAGUAUAAUGAAGAUAAAACAUUGAACUGGCUGAAGAGUAAAGUAGAAAAAGUAGCUGAAGUUUUGAAACAGAAAGGAAUCCAUGUUUCUCAAGGUGCUGUUAGUGCUAAUUAUGUCAAAAGUAGUAAGCAAGAAAGUGGAACUGAAACAGAGUAUUUAAAGUAUGCUCAUGGUAUUGUUUCUGAUUACCUCAUGGAGGAUUUGUCUAAAAAAUUACUACAGCAUCUUAACUUGCCUGACACUUCAGAUCAAAAGAAAAGAAAGUUAACCAGCCCAAGAGAAGCUACAGAUGAAAAAAGGCCUAAAAGAGAAGUACAGGAAGAAUCACCUAAAAAUGGAGCACUUGAUUUGACAAAACCAGAGAAACCUACCAAAACACCUCCAGUAUCCAAAAAAGAUUUGGCUAGACAAAAGGCUGCAGCAGGAUCUAAAAGUAUUACCAGCUUUUUCAAGAAAAAAUGAAAAGCUUGCACAAAUUACAAAGCUAUGGCUCAAAAAAGACAAACUGCUAGAAGCCACUUUGAAGUCUAUGUUCCUAUGAAUGUUAUUACGUAAACGUCAAUAAUAAAGAACUUAGGAUAUCGAUUGAUUAUAUAGCAUUUAACGAACAAAGUAGAAAGUAUUUAAACUAAAAGUUUGAUUAACAGCAAGUAGAUUUUUUUUCAGAUGACAAUUCAUGUCGUUUAUCAAUACAUAGUAUUCACAAAUAUUUUUUUAUGAAACAACAUGACAGCUAGAGUAUUAUUUUAUAAAAUUUGUUUUGAAAUUGAUAUUUUUUGAAAUAAGAUUGUUGAAUUUUGAUAGCAAUUUUACGUAAUUCUUUGCUAUUCUGUAAAACAGAAUUGAGGUGUAUUUCGCAGAUGUUUGUAGUUUUCUUGUAAAUAGACUUGCUUCUUUUAAAUAAAUAACUUAUUUGUAAUCAAGAAAGUCAUUUUCAUAACUUAAAUAACUCCGCCAAGGGCAUUAGUUAUAAUCAAUAAAAAAGUAGUGUAUUUUUAGAAUUUUUACUCAUCUCUAUAAUCUGUAUAUAAACGAAAUUUUAAUUAACGCCUAAUUAAUGCUUACUUACAUGUAUGUAUAACUUGAUAAUCUAUUAGAUAGAUCUAAGAGAAGUUAUAAAUUUACACUGAGUAAAUACUUGCAAUUAAAAACUGUAACUAAUAAUGUACGUACUGUUCGAUAUAUUUUAAUUAUGUGCAACAUUUCA